AUGGCUCGUACCCAGGAAACCGUUCCAGACCGCUCCGGCGGUUCGAUGCCGGUCGCAUCGCCUAGAAAAGCUUUCGAGGGGGUUGCGCAGUCGCCAAAGAGCUCUCUGAGUACUGCUGUGUGCGAGCUUCAGUCGCAGUCUGCGGAAUUGCAGAAACAACUCUCAAGGCUGAUUGAUGAGAAGGGAAGUGAAGCAGAAUCUGAUGAUCACGAGUCGGAAGACGAUGGUCCUGAUGAAGAGGAUUGCGAGGAAGGGGAGUCCGAGGAAGAGGAUUGCGAGGAAGAGGUAAUAGUCGAAGAGAGUGACGAGGAAGAAGCUGAGUCGGAGACAGAUGAUGAAGAUGCAGAUGACCUGGAAUCCACCGCCCAGUAUGACGAUGAGAAGGAGGGAGACGCGAAGACGACCACUCCGAAGGCUCGCGUUCCACCAGAUCCGACACGGCCGCCUAAGUCUACCCCUGUCCCGAGUACGAAGAAUGUCCCCCAAUACGGUACGAUGCUCAGCGGCGAACGCAAAGUCGUCAAAAGAUGUCUCCUCGACUUCAUUCACGGUCCCGAAGGUGAAUCUGUACCCAUGCGAGACCGCUUCGCCAAGCUCUGCAAACUCCGCGAGAUCAAACUGUUGGAGCGCGAGGAGAGAGGGACUUUCACGACCCGUACCCAUCCCGCUCCCAGGAGCAGGGGGAGUCGGCGAGAAGAGGAAACGUGGAUCCGCAAGACCUUUCUGUCGUAUUUGGCGGGAGCGAAGGACGAGGAUGAGGCAAUGAUGCCGAAUUCCAAAGCAAGCGCCACGCCUGCCAAGAGGGUGCUGAAGAAGGGGCAUGGAAAGGUGGCUUCCCCAAUGUUACCUGCCAAGUACGGAAGCAUGGACAAGGCUGGACAUGAGCGGCGAUACGAUGCCAGUGACGACGACGACGAUGAACAACCGCCGCAUUUCAAAGAGCAGUCUAAUAGUGAAGCUAUGAAGAUGAUGGCUGCCAUGUCGUGGGAAGAUCUGCCGCCGCGAGAUGGGAGGAACGCGACCAGUAGGACCUGGCAGAUCAAGCAAGGCAAGAUGUUGGUCUGGCCUACCCUGGACGACGGGGCUGACGAGUUGCGCUGGAUGCCAAAGCAGGGCACGGGACACUGGGCUUCGUACGAGGGUAUGGAUUUGGACGUCAAGCACGACAUGGCCGAGGAGUACGAGAGGGAUGUCAUAUGCUAA